AUGACGGCAGACGAGGAAGAGUCGUUUACAACUUAUAACGAAUUUAGAAGUGACACAUUCACCGUGCCUACCAGAUCGAUGAUUGAAGCCGGGUUCCUCAGUGCCACCUAUGGAGAUUCAGUUUAUUGUGAAGAUGAAGCCACAUUGCAGUUAGAACAACGUAUGUGUGAAAUCACUGGUAAGGAAGCUGCGUUAUUUUGUUGCAGUGGAACAAUGUCUAACCAAAUUGGAUUAAGAGUCAAUUUAGUGCAACCUCCUUAUAGCAUAUUAUGUGAUUAUAGGUCACAUGUGUUUUUGCACGAGGCUGGUGGAUUGGCUACGUUAAGUCAAGCUAUGGUACACCCAGUGAGACCAGCUAAUAAGAAUUUCUUGACUCUUGAAGACAUUAUGGAAAAUGUUACUUUUGAUGACGGAGAUAUCCAUGCUGCUCCUACAAAAGUGAUAUCUUUGGAAAACACUUUACACGGAAUUAUCAUGCCUCUUGCAGAAAUAAUCAAGAUUAGCGAUUUUUGUCGGCAAAAUGAUAUCAAGCUACAUUUAGACGGAGCUAGGUUAUGGAAUGCCUCGGUGGAGACUGGGGUCAGUAUAAAGGAAUAUUGCUCGUAUUUUGAUACCGUAUCGCUUUGCUUAUCGAAAUCUCUUGGUGCACCAAUGGGAUCGAUAUUAGUAGGAACGAGAAAGGAUAUAACAAAGGCAAACCACUUUAAGAAACAGAAUGGUGGUGGAAUAAGACAAGCUGGAAUAAUGACUUCAAUGGCGAUGCAUGCAGUGGAUUACAAUUUGCCCAAGAUUAAAAAAUCGCAUAUUUUUGCAAAGAGCAUUGGGGAUUUCUGUGAUGAAGUUGGAAUAAUCUUGGAAUGCCCAGUUGAUACAAAUUUCGUUUUUAUUGACCUUAAGACCAAUAAGAUGGAUGACAUGUUAUUGGUUGAUUUGGGUAAGUCAAAGUAUGAUGUUAAACUAAUGGGUGGAAGAAUAGCAUGCCAUUUCCAACUAAGUGCUAAGAGUGUUGAAAAUGUCAAGAGGUGUCUCUUGGAAUGUUACCAGUAUAAUUUAAAGCAUCCAUAUGAACCAAACGGAAGAAAUAACAACAAGAUGUAUAAUGUCGAAGCUAUGAAGAAAUAG